CAAUCAUGCCGCCUGAAGAAACCAUGUUGACAAUUGACGUCUUGCCUCCGGGCACGCAACGUAUCAAUGACUUGCAAGCCACUCAUAUCGUGCUGGCUCCUCGGCCAACUUCAGAUCCCAAUCAGCCUCUGAACUGGAGUCCGAUGCGCAAAACCCUCCACAUGGUACUUCUCUCCCUCUAUUCAAUGAUGAUGUUUUGCAUUCCAUGCAUGAGCGUCCCAUUCUGGCAGAACUUCAACGAAGAACUCGGCAUGAGCUAUGAUACACUGAACAAUGGAUAUGCAGCAAAUAUGGCAGGCCUUGCAACCGGCUGUAUCAUCUUUAUCCCUAUCGCCCUGCGCAUCGGCCGUCGACCGGUUUAUCUCUUUACAUCGUUGAUCAUGUUUGCUGCUGGGGCCUGGCAAGCUGAGACAUAUACUGUUGGGGAUAUGAUUGGUAUGAAUGCUAUCGCAGGUAUCGCUGGAGCUGUCAAUGAGGCCUUGUUCCAGGUUACGGUAACGGAACUUUUCUUCGUGCAUCAACGUGGCACAAUGAAUGGCAUCUACUUUAUGAUGGUCCUAGUAGGGAACUACCUUGGACCUGUCUACGGUGGCCAAGUAGCCGUGACAAUGGGUUGGCGAUGGGCAUGCUGGUCCGCCACCGUCUUCACGGGUAUAAUCACCGUCCUCAUGUUCUUCUUCCUAGAGGAGACCAAAUACAUUCCCGCACCACUCAACGGCCACGACCCUCGAGUCACCGCAUCCUCCCCUACCGAUAACGAGCUGUUCAAGGUUAACAGCACUGCGAAGGCACCCUUGCCAAACGAUUCACCAGCCAGCGUCGACUCUAUGGAGCAGCAGAGCGAUACAGUCGAGAUAGAUCACAGCAUUCCCAUGAAUUCUUACUGGAAGCGCCAUGCACUGUGGACAUUGGAUAAGCAUGAGUCCACUCAGAAACGCACGAUCUGGAGAGACAUUUACGAGCCCUUCCAGCUUCUUGCCAUAUUCCCAGCCGUCAUGUUCGCCGCGUUACAGUAUGGCUGGAGUAUUGCUAUGCUUGCGAUUUUGGCCGUAACGCAAAGCUCACUAUACUCUAUUCCCCCUUACAACUUUACAACUGCAGGUGUUGGAAACAUGAAUAUCCCUCCAUUCAUUGGUGCAAUCCUGGGAGCUCUGUUUGGAGGGCCACUUGUCGACUGGUCGAUUGUGCAGAUCGCAAAACGCCGCGGAGGUAUCUAUGAACCCGAGACUAGGCUGUGGCUAUUCUUGGUUCCAGGGCUAUGCAUGACUAUCGGAUGUCUGAUGUAUGGGCUCACUAUUGCAAAGGGAAUGCCUUGGAUCAUCAAUGCCGUAGGCUCAGGUUUCAUUGGUUUUGCCAUAGGAGGCGGUGGAGACAUGUCCCUCACAUAUCUUCAAGAUUCUCACGAGCAUAUUAUAGGUCCUGCUCUGACAGGCGUUGUUUUUAUCCGUAAUGUCAUUGCAACCGCUCUUGUCUUUGCCGUCACACCAUGGAUGAAUGGCAUGGGUGUGUACAACAUGUAUGUGGUCUUGGGCUGCAUUUCUACCGCCAUUGCUUUGACCUGUGUACCAAUGGUAAUCUGGGGUCGCACAUUCAGGGUUCGGUUGGCGGGCAAGUAUGAAUACUUCACCAAUAAGCAGUAUUAA